AUGUGUGACAUGCAUGAUGCUCGUUCUCCCAAUCCCUCCGUUCUUCCCCCCAACUUCCUCCCUUUCCCCCUCUCUCCCCUCUCUCCCAUCCUUCCCUCCCGUCCCUCCCCGCCCUCCCCCCUCCCUCCCAUCCCUCCCCCGCUCCUCACCUCUCUUCCCCCCGUGCGCGCAGCUGUUCUCAAAGCCCUCGGAGCGGGCGGUGCAAGGCGGAGAGUGGGGAUGGGCUAUGGGAGAGGGGGGAUGGGCUAUGGGAGAGGGGGGGUGGGCUAUGGGAGAGGGAGGAUGGGCUAUGGGAGAGGGGGGGUGGGCUAUGGGAGAGGGGGGAUGGGCUAUGGGAGAGGGGGGAUGGGCUAUGGGAGAGGGGGGCUGAGCUCGUCGUUCGUGACGGUGCGGUCGGCAUCACAUCGCGGCAGCUGCUGGCACGAGGUCAAGGCCCGGCUCAAGGCCCGGCUCAAGGCCCGGCUCAAGGCCCGGCUCAAGGCCCCCCGGCUCAAGGCCCGGCUCAAGGCCCGGCUCAAGGCCCGGCUCAAGGCCCGGCUCAAGGCCCGGCUCAAGGCCCGGCUCAAGGCCCGGCUCAAGGCCCGGCUCAAGGCCCGGCUCAAGGCCCGGCUCAAGGCCCGGCUCAAGGCCCUGCUCAAGGCCCGGCUCAAGGCCCGGCUCACUGCCCGGCUCACGCGCCACAAGGUCCUCGAGUACCGCGCUGCACUCCUCCGCACCAACGCCAACCGCGCUGCAAUCCUCCGCACCAACGCCAACCGCGCUGCCCUGCAGGUCACAUCCCCAAUGGCUGCCAGGGAGGGACAGGGGGAUGGAGAGUGGGGGGAUGGGGGGAGGGGGGAUGGGGAGUGGGGGGAUGGGGAGUGGGGAGAUGGGGAGUGGGGGGAUGGGGAGUGGGGGGAUGGGGAGUGGGGGGAUGGGGGAAGGGUUGGGUGGGGUGGGGUGGGGUGGGGUGGGGUGGGGUGGGGUGGGAGGUAG